AAGUUUAAAGCCCCGCCCUCAUAUCAUUCUGAAUUUUCAUUCUGGUUUUCAUUUAACUCUCAUUUCUUCAUCUCUUUCUCUCUCCUAGGUUUUCUCUCUCCCCCUCACUUCCUUCUCAUUUCUUCUUCACUAUCUAUCUCUGAAGAACCGUUGCUGCUGCUGCUCGUACGUUUCUUCCCAAAUCCUGUUCCUUACGCAGACAUACCCUAGACCGAUACUGAUAUCAUCAUUUGUAACCUUCUCUCACAGGCCUUCUGGAGCCUUAUCAGGUUUUGUGACAACAGUAAGAGUCAAUUCCAUCUUUUUAGAGGUCGAAGAACAUCAUUUCCAUGGCUGCUCCACCUGCUAGGGCUAGGGCAGAUUAAGAUUAUUUCAUUAAACUUCUCCUGAUCGGUGAUAGCGGUGUGGGUAAGAGUUGCCUUCUGCUGCGUUUUUCUGAUGGAUCUUUCACUACAAGUUUCAUAACAACUAUUGGGUAGUUGCCUUAGAUUUUAUUACACAAGCUUUAUACCUUUGCCCAGUUUUAUCAACACUCUGUGACAUCAUUAUUGAUUCACAAGUUGAAAAAUCUAUUGUUGCUGAUAGAACAUUAAAUAUAAUACGCUCAUCUGGGGUAAUAUACUCCAUGAUAAUAUCCCUAAUCUGUUCAUAAAUGUUUUCUGGUUGUCCACGAACUGGAACCCGGGUGAUCCCAGGGAGAUCAACCAUGGUUUAGUCAGGAACACCAUGUUUCUUCACUAAAAGUGUUAUUGGAGUAUUCGAUAUACCCUUGGCUUUUCCUACAAUUUCUUGAGUUGCUGAGUUGAUUGCUUGAGAAACACGGGCUUCGUCUGUCUGCAAGAUUUUACCCAUCACUCAAGGGAUAGUUGUGGGUUCGGUUCCGAAUGGUCCUGCAAUCAUCCUCAAUGCCAUUGUAACAAAUUGCAGGCUUGUGAGCCUCCAGCUAAUCGUCCAGCAAAAGGGAGGCUCAUGAGAAUGGAAACCAGACAAGUGACUGAUUAUGAUCCUCAACCAACAAGUUUUCCACAUAAUGAUCAAAGGCCCAUACGGAGCACCAGCACAAAAUUACAAGAAGUAUGACAUUAUAUUGCUCAUUGGACUCGGCAUUGGAGCAACUCCCUUCAUCAGCAUUCUUAAGGAUCUCUUAAAAAACUUGAAGGAUACCAGUUCACAGGAAAUUGAGAGCAGAAAAGGGCCUCAAAGAUUUUUGAUUGAAUUGCGUUCAAGUUGAAGUUUUAUGUUGAAGAUUCACUGAAGGUUGAAUGUCGGUUGAAGAUGGAAUUUCUACAUUUUUUUUAUUUUUUUUUAUUUCCUCUUCUGAAUGAUUGUAUCAAUUCGUCAAAAUUGUUAGUAAUAAGAAUAUACUUCUAGUUUCCUUUA